AAAAAAAAAAAACCAAAUGGGUUAAAGCAUUUAGUAAUAUUAUUGAGAAUUAUAUGAAUUUGUAAAUUUUUUUUUAAUUCUAUACAUUUUGUAAAUAAUAAAAACAAAAACUGCAAUGAGGACAUUGUACAAUAUUUUUAGAUGGGAGGAGUGACAUUGCUACACUCACUCAAAGAAGAAAUAUCUCUAAUACGCUCUUAUACGUGUUAUGAGUAAAGUCAAUCAAGGUAACCUUCGGCAGAAGUUGUUAUCGAGAGUAUAGUUCAGUUCUUAAGCAAACAUUGAAAUGAUAUAAUGUAAAUUAAGUAUUAAAUUGUUAAUAAAUAUAAAUAAAAUUAAAUCGUUUAGUUUGAAAAUAUUACUCAUAUAUAAAAAUUAAAUAUAAUAUAUACAUACAUGGUAUUUGUUCAAGAUUUAAGUACAUUAGAAUGCAGUCCUGUACAUAAUUAGCAAGGACACAAACCAAUGCCAGUCAGCUGAUUGCUGAAUGCUGAAUGAUCAGCAUAAUUGUGUCCUCCUUUUAGCAUUGAAUUCUUAGACUAGUCACUCCACUCUAGCGUAGGGAACGUAAAUAGAAUCCUUAUAUAUAUAUGUAAAUAUGUAUCAUAUGGCGUGAUGCUAUAUCCCGUUAAUCAAAAUGUAUAUUUAAGAAGGAAUUGAAUAAAGAAGCGGCCUAUUCCGUGACAGACGUGUGUAAGAUCCAGACGACUUCUCUUUUAUUUGGUGGAAAUUGAUGCAAAUAUUAUACAUCUUUUUGGUGGCUCCUGUGAGGAACUAUUCGAUCCUGAUUCAAAGUAAGAUUGACUGCGAGAAGAUCUUCAACGACACAAUCACCCGCACUUCAGACGGUAGAUACCAGGUGCAAAUUUUAUUUCGGCCAGAUGCUCCUGCACUUGGCGAAUCUCAUCAAUCGGCAGUUCGCCAGUUUUUACAACUCGAGCGGCGUCUGAUGAACGACCCAUGUCUUCAUGAGCAGUACAUCACAUUUAUGCGAGAAUAUAUUGCUCUCGAUCAUAUGGAGGUUAGCAGAGAAACCUUCAUUGGGAAAGAAACUGGUUACUUCAUACCUCAUCAUGCUGUAACCACAAAAUUUCGCGUGGUUUUCAACGCUUCCGCGAAGACUUCUAAUGGGACAUCCUUAAACGAUACACAGAUUUCUGGACCUCAGUUACACGCAAAUAUUGUCGACAUUCUUAACCGUUUUCGCAAAUUCAACGUAGCAAUUACUGCAGACGUUAAGAAAAUGUUCCGACAAAUAUUGAUAGACACACGACAUCGUAAAUGGCAACGAAUACUCUGGCGUAAAUCACCAGAUGAACCUCUUCAAGUAUAUGAAUUGAAGACGGUAACUUAUGGAAUGGCAAUACGCGCACUGCGUCAAUGUGCGAAUGACAAUUAUAAGGUCAUCUAUGACCCAAGCCGGGCUGCCGCAGCGCGUCAUAGCAUACUUUAUAAUUUCUAUGUUGAUGACUAUUUGGAUAGCGUCGACAGCGACGAACUUGGCGUUACCCGAGCUCAAGACGUAGCAACGGUUUUGAAACAAGGACAAUUAAUAUUAGGAAAGUGGAAUUCCAACUCUACACAUGUAUUAUCUACAAUAACCGGUACAACAGUUUCCGCAUCGGAACUGGAAUUAGACAACUCAACGACAAAGGUAUUGGGUCUUUACUGGGAUCCAGUGAGUGACGAACUCUUCUUCAAGGUAAGCAUGAUUGACGACACCUCCAUGCAUACUAAACGAAGGGUUUUGAGUGACGUGGCGAAAUUAUACGAUCCAACUGGGGUAUUAGCACCUGUAGUCGUGUUGGCCAAACUAUUCAUACAGGACUUAUGGAAAGCUGGUCUACCAUGGGAUGCCGAACUCCCAGCAGAGCUGCUCAAUACAUGGUUGAUAUUUCGGAAUAGCUUACAAGAUAUUUCACGGCUUCGUAUUCCUCGUUGGCUGGGAAUACGAGUGGGCUCUUUAGUGCAUUUGCACGGCUUUUGCGAUGCUAGUAGUAAAGCAUACGCAGCAGUCGUAUAUGUUCAAACCAUCGAUAACAGCGGAACGUCACCCACCGUUCUUGUUUCAGUGAAGUUGAAGAUAGCACCAAUUAAGGAUGUGACUAUACCGCGCCUCGAACUAUGUGGUGCUCAUCUUUUAACCAAGACGCUGGAUAACGUACGUAAGGCUCUAGAUUUACAGGACGCCCCAUGUACGUAUUGGAGCGAUUCUACUAUUGUAUUAUGCUGGAUCCCCAAAACGCUAUCCACGUUCAAGCAAUACGUAUCAAAUCGUGUAGCUUACAUCCAAGCCAACUCAGACAUUAAUGCUUGGAAACACAUUCGCUCGGAAUCGAAUCCAGCCGAUUGUGCAAGCAGGGGUAUAUCUCCUGCUCUCUUAGCAGAGCAUCACCUUUGGUGGAUGGGACCGACGUGCAUACAUCGAGGUGUGGGCUGCACAAUGAGCCUGCCCAUUUUGACGGAAGAGGAAGAGCAACUCUCCAUAGCUGAAUCUCGUCCGGUCUCCAUCUUCGUUUCUAGAGCUGAUUACCAGUGGAUUAUGACAUCCACGAAAGACAAGCGGAUACCUCUCGUAGAGAAAUUUAGCAAAUUGAGUCGUUUACUCAACACCACUGUUUGGUUAAGGCGAUGGUUACAGGAACGAUGUAGUUUCUCUCGAAGAGCAGCGAUGGGCGUUACUUCUGCACGUUCGACAAGCACAAGGUAAUAAUUUUAAACACGAAACUAAAUCGCUUGCAUUGCAUUCCAGGAUUGUGGGUCGUAGUCAAAUCAUAGCACUCAAUUCAUUCUUGGAUACUAACGGCAUACUGAGGGUAGGUGGUCGACUCACCAACACCGACUUAGAUAAAGCUCAUCGACAUCAAAUUAUAAUUCCACGUGGGGCCCUGGCUUACUUGCUAGUCUACAUGGUGGUAUACAAAAAUGCUGCAGUUUCUUAGACAACGUUUCUGGCUUAUAGGGGCACGAGCUCAAGUAAAGUCUUUCAUCUGGACAUGCACUACAUGUCGUAGGCAUCUUCAAAUUCUACAACGCCAACAAAUGGCUUCGCUUCCAAAAGAACGAGUAUUAGUGGCACCACCAUUUUCUCGUAGCGGAUUGGAUUACUGCGGGCCAUUCCAUGUCCGUGUGGGAAUGCAUCGUGCUACCCCGACUACAAAAACAUACGCUGCCAUAUUUGUUUGUAUGGCUUCACGAGCGGUACAUAUUGAGCUGGCAGUGGACUUGAGUACACAGGCAUUUGUAGAUGUUUACGAUCGCUUCAUUAGUCGAAGAGGUAUAUGCACCACUUUAUACAGUUUGGUAGCUGAAGGUACCUGUUGGAAGUUCAUAACCCCUUCCGCACCUCGUGGGACGUGUGAUUGACGUUCACCCGGGCAGUGAUGGCCUGGUACGUACCGGGACGAUAGAGUACAAUGCAAACCAGAGAUCAUCGGAUGGAAUUCCUAUUAAACAGCGGUGUCAGCGACCGGUGCAAAAAUUAUGCCGCCUUACAGGUCCCGCAGAAGAAUUACUGAACCGCGAGGGUUCAGCCGGGCAGAAUGUUCAAGAUUUAAGUACAUUAGAAUGCAGUCCUGUACAUAAUUAACAAGGACACAAACCAAUGCCAGUCAGCUGAUUGCUGAAUGCUGAAUGAUCAGCAUAAUUGUGUCCUCCUUUUAGCAUUGAAUUCUUAGACUAGUCACUCCACUCUAGCGUAGGGAACGUAAAUGGGAACUAUCCUUAUAUAUAUGUAAAUAUGUAUCAUAUGGCGUAAUGCUAUAUCCCGUUAAUCAAAAUGUAUAUUUAAGAAGGAAUUGAAUAAAGAAGCGGCUUAUUCCGUGACAGACGUGUGUAAGAUCCAGACGACUUCUCUUUUAUUUGGUAGAAAUUGAUGCAAAUAUUAUACAGUAUUAGUUAAUUUUAAUAAUUAGUUUUAGU